AUGGAUACGGCUCAGGGGAAUGGAGCCAACAAUGGAAUGAAGGUGAAGGUAUCGACUAAUGUUGGUACCCUUUUGAUCGUCAAGGCGUCAGAUUCGAGGGUUUUGCAGAUCAUGUCAAAAUCAUUGCUUUUGGCGAUUGUUUUGCUCACGUUACCUUACAUUGGUUCUAUUGUAGUAGGUCCUUCAAAUGCUAUUUAUGGUUCCGAUAUGGACUUCAAUCUUGCAAGUUUCAAGAGUUUGGCCAUCCUUUUUCAUGAUUUGGUUGAUGAAGGCCUUUUGAGGAGGGGCCACAAAGGCCUAAUUCUGGGCUAUGGCAUUGAUGGUCUGGCCAAAGAUUUGGAGUUCUUAAAAGACAAUGACAACAAUUUGGUAAUUCAAUCAAGUAGCAACUUGGAGGACAAAAAUUUAAUUCAAGAUGAGACAUUUGAUUUUGUCGUAAGCUUUAGAUUCAACAAAAUCAAGGCUGUCGAUCGCGUUCUCAAGAAAGGAGGCAUUGUGAUCACACAAUUGAGCAGCAAUCCUUCAACUAUGCUGAAAAAACAACCAAAUUAUCGAGUUGUGUAUUUACGCUCAUUUGAGAAAACAAUCGUGGCAAUGAGGAAAGUAGGAUUAAGCAACGUGUUAGCUAAUUCCACAAGAAAGCCAACAGGUUGUGGCAUUAUACAAGAGGAAAGGAAAGCGGCGCUGAAUGGCUUAGAAGAUGCUUUGCUUGAGCCACCAAGACGGACUCUGCUGAAAUCCAACAAUGGAAUGAGGAAGAUCAGAUUCCUUCCAGAUUUGUUAGAAGAUUCUCUUGCAACAUAUGAACGUAGAAUUUUCAUUUCUGACGAGAAAAAUGGUGUUCAGGAAUGGUUUAAGAAGAACUAUCCGACCAGGAAGCAACAUUUUGAGAUGUAUACAUUGGAGGUAAGAUCUUUCCGUUCAGAUAAAUCCUCUAGAAGAAGCAUGAUAGCUCCUCAGGUGACUGGACUACCGGAUUGGUUGCGGAAUAAUGUGAAGGAAGAAGACUUUGUUGUGAUGAAGGUGGAAGCACAACUAGUUGAGGAGCUGAUGAAGGAGAAGACAAUGUGCUUGGUGGAUGAGUUGUUUCUUGAGUGCAAGAACCAGUGGCAAGAUGAUGAAGCUGAACAAAGAAAAAGCAAGAUGACUUAUUGGCAAUGUUUAGCACUAUAUGGAAGCUUGAGAGAUCAAGGGGUAGCAGUGCACCAGUGGUGGAGUUGA